CCGCCCCCGCCGUCACCUCCUCCUCCGUCACCCCCGCCGCCGCCGCCUCCUUCCCCCCGGCCUCCUUCGCCCCCUCCCCCCUCGCCUCCUCCCCCUAGCCCGCCGCCUCCCAGCCCCCCGCCCCCUAGCCCGCCGCCCCCUUGCUCCUCAAUGUGCGUUGUCUGGAACCGCACCAACGGCGUGAUUGACAAGAGUGUGUGCGACAACUUCGCUGCCACCAUCCUGAGCUACGCCAAGGCGCAAGGCUAUUCCUCCAUGUCCAAGGCCUUCGCCUGCACUGCCUUUGACUCGUCUUCGGCCACCGUCUGUGGUGCUUUCAAGUCUGAGGCCGACGCCCGCGGCUUUGGCACCUUCAUGCAGAACCCCGCUGGCUUCCCGGUGGUGGCUGCUGUGAUUGGCUUUGGCAACAUCGUGGCGCCAGUCAACGGGGUCAUGGUCUGCCAGAAGUCGAUCCUGAGCUUUGUUAUCACGGACAUGUCUGGCAAGAUUUGCGACUCUGGCGUCUUCACGCAGGAUUGCGCGCCGCCGCCCCAGGACGGCUUCCCGUACUGCAGUUGCGAUACAGGUGCUACGAUCAAGACGCCGUACGCUGUGUCGUACUCGCGGAAGUUCACCCGGUCGGGCAACAACUUUUACUGCUUCAAGGUCGCUGUUAACAAGGCGCAAUGCGGAAGUGCACGCUGCUGCAACAUGGAGCUGGACAAGAUCGAGUGGAUGUCCGACGAAGACAACUGCCUAUCAGCGGUUGACGGUUGGACCGUAUCCACCCAACCGAACAACUACCGCGCCCCUGUCUGGACUCGCGCUACGGACACCGUCAUGUACAAGAACGCAACCCAGCUUGUGGGCGUCCUCAAGACCAACAACCUGAACCUGGAUGCCAGCAACGCAGGCGGGGUUGAGAUUUGCAUUGCGCUCAAGGGCACCAGCAAAUGCAGCACAAUGGAGUCGUUCUGCUAUGGAGGCAUCUGCAAGUACGCCGUCUUCGACCGGACGUCUGGCAACGGAUGCUGCGCCAAGGACUAUGCACCUGGCAACUCCUUUGGAAGUUACAACCGCCGCUAAACGCUCUGGUUGGAAUGACGGGCUCCGAUCAAUUUGAUCUGUCCGGGAAGUGGCGUUGAUUUUGGUAUCACUGCACUUGUGAAGUGUUCCGUAACGCUUCGCCUAACGGAGUGUACUGCGUGUUGUUAAGCGUUGUUUAGCUGAUUGGGUGCACGUGCGCUGGUCAUUAUUUAUCGCGCGAUUCUUGAUACUACGUGCGCCUUCACUGUGGAUUGCGCUGCCGCGCGUAUUGCACUUGCGGCGUGGUAUGCGUAUAAGACUAUCACCACGCACAUGUUGUUUAUGCCUUGCUUUAUUCUACCUCCUGUGUACAGCGAGCGUCGGCAUUUCUGUUCAUGAUAUGGAUAGCGUGUGACCAUACUGGUUAGACAAUUCACGCAGGGGUGUGCGCAGGUUGUGAGCUUAGUACUUUGGUUAUGGCCGUUCUCACGCUCGGCCUUGUUGGGCUGUAAGGCCCAUUUAGGUUAAGCAGGGGACUUGCCGGUUCCAGAUGCAGGGUUCGCAGGUAGGGAAUGGCAGUUGCCAAUUGAAGAACGCGUUUGUGUCGAGGUUCUAACUUUCUGUCGAAAGCACGCUUAAGUUUUGCCGUUUGACUCUAUCUCGCAUAAAAAUGCAUAUUAAUAUGUUGCAUGGAUUCAACCCUGUCAUAUUACCCUGUCGGAGUAACCCAUGUAAUGUUAUGGGUAUUUUGGGGCGGCAGCAGAAGCAAAAGGUGUCUGGCCAGAUAGGCUACGACGUAUGUUACAUGGUCCUGAUGAGCAAC